GCCUUUUCUCUUGAAUGUGGUGAAGUCAUUUCAGACAAACGUAUUUGUUCUUUUUAAGCCGGCACUCCCUGAGAGCAGACUCUGUACUCUGUUGUAAAGGAGAAGAGAGGAACAAUUUUACACCAGCUCACAGAAACACAGGCCCGAAGCCACUUGCACGCAUCUGUACCACUAAAGCUGCUCCCAACUAAACACUGAACAGUCAUGGCAAACAAAGGUCCCUCCUACGGUCUGAGCCGUGAGGUGCAGAGUAAGAUCGAUAAGAAGUAUGACCAGGAUCUGGAGGAGAGGCUGACUGAGUGGAUCAUCGCCCAGUGUGGAGCCGGAGUGGGCCAACCCGAGGCAGGCAAGACCGGUUGGCAGAACUGGCUCAAGGACGGAUGUGUGCUGUGUGAGCUGAUCAACAGCCUGUCCAGUGGGAACAAGCCCAUCAGGAAGAUCCAGAGCUCAGGCAUGGCUUUCAAACAGAUGGAGCAGAUCUCCCAGUUCCUCAACGCGGCUGAGAAGUACGGCAUCACCAAGACCGACAUGUUCCAGACAGUCGACCUCUGGGAGGGGAAAGACCUGGCUGCUGUCCAGAGGACCCUGAUGGCCCUGGGAAGCAUGGCUGUCACCAGGGACGAUGGGACGUACCGUGGAGACCCCAACUGGUUCCAUAAGAAAUCUAUGGAGAACAGACGGGAGUUCUCAGAGGACCAGCUGAAUGAAGGCAAGAGCGUCAUCGGCCUGCAGAUGGGCACCAACAAGGGGGCAUCUCAGGCUGGCAUGACUGGGUACGGGCGACCCAGGCAGAUCCUAAACAAUAACCCCUAAAACAUGACAAUGCCCUGUCACCCCACACCUCAGUACAUUCCUCCCUCUCUCUGCCAGUCACUGGAGACAGAAGCUCUCUGUAAACUCAAACAAACAGGAGAGUCUCAACAAACUGGACCAAAAUGGGGACCAUAAAACAUACUUGUACACAAAGCACAGAUACACACACAGAAACCUAGUGACCAAAGUCUGUAAAAUCAUGUUUUUAUUGAAUAUGCCGAAUAGACAUGACUACAUAGGAAAGAAACACAUUCCAUUUAGAUACUGCUUUUAACACUGCACUCUGAUGGUAAUAAGUCUUGAGACAUUUUGCUAGAAUAUGCUGGGUUUGUACUGGGAAAGAUGCAGUAAGAUGCUGUCAAUAAUAAUCAAAUGUUGGGCCACCUUUCAAGAGCUCAGUAUUUUUGUAUGUUGAUAAUUAAUGAUUCUGAAAUAAAGUUCAGUUUAAUUUGAAAAA